UACAAGCGAAAUGUCCCACUUUGAUCCAACGUCGCGUACCUGGUUCGGGCCUCGGCAGCCACCGGUCAUCAAUCCGGCUGCCAGCAUCGGGCAGGUGAUUGUGAACAUCCUCGAGCGGACUCCGGACAAGCUGAUCCAGAUCGAUGCCGAUACGGGGGAGGAGUACACCUGCGACAAGCUGCGGCUGCAAAUGAUCCGGGCGGCCUUGAACCUCGCACAGACGUUCAAGAUCUCCAAGGGGGACAUGGUGUGCAUGGUCGUCGACAAUCGUUCGUGCGUUACGUCGAUUCUGUUCGGCUGUUUCCUCAUCGGAGCUCCCGUGCAUACGUUGGAUGCGUCGUUCCAAGAAUCUGAUCUUGUCCACCUGAUGGGCAUCACGAAACCGAAAUUGGUUUUCUGUACCGAGCAGAGCCUGUCGACGGUGCAAAGCUCCAUCAAGCUUGCCAAGUUUGAAGCCCAGGUGGUGGUUCUUGAUGGAUCGGAUAAGCAGAUGCGACUUUUUGAACCGCAUGAUGGUGAAAAACUCUACCGGCCACCGUAUAUCGGCGAUUCGGACCGAACGACGGCCGUUGUAGUGUGUUCUUCGGGAACUACCGGUCUACCGAAGGCCGUUUGCUUGACGCACGCCCAACUGAUCGCUCCGUACACCAUGAUCAGCCACAUGGGUUCCAACACGAUGCUGUGCUUCAGUUCCCUGUACUGGAUAUCCGCCUUCCAGAUGUUGCUGCUGACCGUGUUCAACGGAUUCAAACGGGUCACUACGAGCCGGCCCUUCUCGCCGGCGUACGCCUGCGAGCUGGUGAUGAAAUAUGAAGUUACCAAUGCAUUCGUUCCACCGCCGAUGCUGGCAGACAUUGUGCAAUACUGUGAGGUGCGGCAGCUGGCACUGCCUACGCUGAAAACGGUCGGGUGUGGUGGCAGUUCGCUGCCGGACGCGUUGAAACAACGGGCCAACGCGCUGAUGCCCAACGGGCGGGUGUACGUGGGCUACGCGAUGAGCGAAACCGGGGGCAUCAUGGCGCUGGAUUUGUUCCAGAAACCGAACUCAGUCGGGAUACUGAUGCCGAACGUCAGCAUGAGGAUCGCCACCGACGACGGCACCCUGCUCGGUCCGGACGAGGAAGGCGAAAUCCUGAUCCGCUACAUCCACCCGUUUGUCGGCUACUACGGCAACGAGGAAGCCACCCGGGCCCUGCUCACCGAGGACGGCUUCAUCCGCACCGGUGACGUCGGCUACUUCGACAAGACCGGCUUUCUCUUCAUCACCGACCGGAAGAAGGAAAUGAUUCGCUACCGGGGCUAUCAGAUUGCUCCGGCCCAACUGGAGGCGCUGCUCAUGGAGAUCCCGGGCGUGGGGCAAGCCGUGGUGGUGGCCGUUCCCGAAGAGAAGCCACCGCACGUGGAUCUGCCGGCGGCGCUGGUGGUGCGAAGCACUGGCAGCAAGGUCAGCGAGCACGACAUUCUGGAACAUGUGCACGCCAAGGUUCCGGACUACAAAAGGCUCCGAGGAGGGGUGUUCUUCGUGGAUUCACUGCCCAGGACCGCCAACGGGAAGUGCAACCGAAGGGAGGCGAAGAAACUGCUUCCGGUUUAGGAUUUCACAA